UAAUCCCCUCCGCCGUGCUUGCCUUCAUGCGCCGCGCACCUGCGCGCUUCCAGCGAUGCCCUCGCCCAGCCACGGGGGCAUCCCCGCUCCACGACUCGGCCCUCAAGGGCCUCUACCGCCCAGUGGAAAGGAGGCGCUACCUCGCAGGGCUCGCUUGAAGUCGAACGUGGGGCUGCAGCCACUUCCUCAAACAGGCGUUACGACACUACGCACAAGUCAGAGUGCAGAGCUGCCCACGGUGCGCCGACUGGCAAAAGGAGAAUCGACCGCAUCUCUACGCUGGGAGGCCCCUGAUUCCCCAGAUACCCCGACGACCGCCUCGGCCGCACCUACCAGUCCCAAGCUGGACCCUCACGAAGCCUACAGUACGCUGGCGCCGGCGUCCAAGCGAUGGGCCCGAACUCGUUCUACCACCCCGCAGCGGCCGGGUCUGGAGGGCUGGCGCCGCGCUGCAGCUCAAGCGGUAGAGGAUCGUGCUGUACGGCAGCGGAAGCAGGUGAACCUCUCCCUUGCUUCCUUGUCCACAGAGGCUGUGGACCGAAUGGCCAGUGAUGCUGACUCGGACAGAAGGCCUUCGCCUUCCCCGCUGCCACGCUCGGAGACUUCGGAGUACGGGCUACCGCAGCGUGAGCUUUCCGUCUACGAGCAGGCAUGCAUCUCCAGGAAGCUUCUGCCGAAGUUUGUCAGCCGCAUCCAGGAUGCCGUGUCGGGAGAUGUAUUCGACUUGCGUGGCGCGGGGCUUGGAGAUGAUCAGCUGCUGGCAGUGUUUGCGGACAGCAAUCUAUGCCCCGCGGCUCAAAUCCGGCGUUGGCGGCUGCACGAUGUCCGCAUGCGCGACAGGGGAGUCAAGCGACUUUCUGAGCUGUUGGACGAGGAGGUCGAAGCGAUCGACUUGGCAAACAAUGAGCUGGGACAUGUAGGCAUGGGCCACCUGGCUCGAGCCCUCUGCCACCGCUCCCUGGAGCAGCUGCGUCGUUUGGAUCUCUCGGCGAAUGCGCUCAGCGACGAGGCGGCUUGCCGCCUGGCAAAAGGACUUCAGCAUUGCCCUCGACUUCUGCGACUGGAUUUACGAAAUAACGCGAUCCAGGAUGGACAUGCCCUGGGUGAACUCAUCGCCGGUCACGGCAAUGUGACAAGGCUCUCGUUGAGAAGAAACCGUCUCGCAGGCUUUGGCAUGGCAGCCCUUUUCAACGGGAUCUUGGAGAACGCUCACCGAGGCGGUCAGCUGGCAGAUGUCGAUGUCGCCUGGAACCCACUUGCUCAAGAUGGACCUCUCGCUGCGAAAGCCAUCGCCACUGUCUUUCGGGAGUCCGCGACUUUGUACCAUUGCGAUCUCAGCUACUGCUGCCUGGACUCUGCCAGCUGCGCGCUCCUCGGAGAGGGGCUACGUGACAACCAUUCCCUUUAUGGCUUGCAUGUCGUUGGAAAUGCAGCAACCAUGGAUGCAGACGGAUUUCUGACACCCCUGCAGAAAGAUCCUAUUCCUCCAGAUGCAGACCACAAACGAUCGGUGGUGUUUGGCAGUGUCCAGCCCGGGCCAGAGGCACUGCUGGGUGCUCAGGGCUUCGGUGCCGAAGACGACCUCAACGGCCGUGACGUGCUGGAGAUGAAAUCUGCCUGCUGGGCCUGCGAGGGCUGGAUCAGGCAAGAGAUUGAGUGGCCCUACGAUCCCGGAGAUCCUCCCAGGGCCGUUUGGGCUUUCACGGCCUUGGACUCCUUUCGACGUGCCCUGCGGCUGAGACCGGAAGCAGGCCACAGGCCUUGCUUCAAGGCCGCGCGAAUGGUGCCUCCUGGACACAGGCUCCAAGUCAUUUUUCAGGUUGACUCCAGGAUCCAGCUUCUUCCCGGAGCUCGGGACAAGCUGGCGGUGCCUGCAGAGUUAACUCUUCGCAUUUGCCAGGCGGAAGACCGAUUCUACAACGAUUCAGGCGUAGGUUAUCCUUGA